GGUACGGCAGGCUUACGACCGGCAAAGCGCGACAAGUGUUCGACAGUGACAGUCCAGAACAGAAAAGGGGACACUCAUGAACCGCUGGGGCGCUUGGGAGGCUCUGCUGAGCCUGCUACUUAUCCUGGCAGUCGGUUCCUCGUGGAUCCAGGUCAAAGGGCACGAAGAGCACGAUGCUCACCACUGGAAGCAUAUGGCCCACGAGCUGCUGUACGAGAAGAAGGACUACACGAUGCAGAAGAUUAACAUUGCCAAAAACAUCAUGGUGUUCGUCGGGGCGGGCAUGUCCCAGACAACCGUGACUGGGGCCCGGUACUACAACGGGGGCGACAAUGAAACGUUUGCCUUCGAGCGUUUGAAGUGGAGCGGAAAUGCACGGACGUACUGCGUCGAUAGCCGCGUGCCGGACAGUGCCUGCGCCGGGACAGCCUUUCUGACGGGUGUGAAAUCGAACCUCGGCACGGUGGCAAUGGACCCGACGGUCCGCCGGGGCGAGUGUGCCAUGGAUCCGGCGAAACAACUGGCCUCCAUCGCCAAAUGGGCGCUCGAGGCGGGCAAAGCGGUUGGUUUUGCGACAACGUCUCGCGUGACCUCCGGCUCAAACGCAGCCCUGUACGCGAACAGCCCGGACAGCCGGUGGGAAAACGAUGCGGACGUUAGUGCUGGCGGAUGCAAUACCGCCACCGUACCGGACAUUGCUCAUCAGCUCAUUCACGGUGACAUUGGCAAGCAGUUUAAGGUGAUUCUGGGUGGUGGGCGCAAACAUUUCCUUCCCACCGUCGAGACGGACCCAUCCGGUCAGCGGGGACUGCGCACGGAUGGCAAAAACCUCAUCAACGAGUGGAAACAAUCGAAGGCGGGAGCGAAUGCGACGUACAUCACUACCGUGAACGAACUGGCCAGCCUGGACACGUCCAAGAUUGACUACCUGUUCGGUCUGUUCGACUACGACCAUCUUCCGUUCAGCGCGGACAUUGCCAACGGCAGCGUCACACCCGCCCUCGUCCGCAUGGUGCACUACUCGCUCGAGAUGCUGCAGAAAAAGGAACACACCAACGGGUACCUGCUGUUCGUCGAAGACGGUAACAUCCGGCGGGCCCACGGUCAGAACAAACCGCGCAAAGCGUUCGACCAGGUGCGCCACUAUGCGAACGCCUUCAACAUGGCCCACAUGAUGGCGAACGAGCAGAACACGCUGUUCAUCUCGAUGAACGACGUUGGAAGUACGCUUUCCCUGCCCGGCUAUCCGGCCCGUUCGUCCGACCUGUUGGACUCGGCCGCCGGAACCAGCAGUGCCGAUGGGUUGCCUUACCUCGGGCUUACCUACGCCACCGGCCCAGCACACUCGACGUACUACCGGACCGGGUCGGGUCGGCUAGACCCGAUGGAAGUGCUGCAGAGUGUGCCGAACGGGCUGGAACGUACCUGUCCGGCACUGGUCCCGAUGGCGGAAGGGGCUGACGGUGGGGAGGAUGCGACCGUGUAUGCUUCCGGUCCGUGGGCGUUCAUGCUGUCGGGAGGCUACGAGCAGCACUUUGUGGCGCACACGAUUGCGUUCGCUUCCUGCAUCGAUGGUGCUUGCGAUGGGGCGGCCACGUUGGUUCUUUCCACAGCGACGUUGCUGGCCGCACUCGGUGUGCGGCUGUUUGUGUAGAGUAUUUUGAACUGUUUGAUGUAACAAAUGCACUAAGAAAGGCGAAAUGAGAGACCGAAGUAUCCACUUUUUGUACAAAACCAUGCCCAGAAUGGUCUAUUUGAUGCGCAAGGGAGUGUACAAAGAUAUAGAAAAUGGCUUGAAAAUACUUAAAAAGACAGGAAAAUAUACAGAAAAGAAGGUGGCAUUGACUUGGGAUGGUUUUAUUUUAAAUUAGAAGAUGUUAACGUAAAAAAUGUACUAAAUUUGCAAAAGUGUUUUUGAAAGAUUUGAAAUAAAGAAGCAAAAAC